AUCUUUUUCAAAAGUUCACCACUGUCGUGGUUUGCACCAAAGAAAUUCUCAUCAUACUAGUCACAAUUCACACACUGUUUCUCUCUCCAUCGCUCUAUACUACCAUACACACAACUCUCUCUAAUCUGUGUUCCUGCAACUAGUUUUCUCCAAUGGAGAGCAACCCACUACAGCUUUUCCUUCAUCUCCCUCUCACACUAAUCUUUCUGGCGUCUAUUUCGGUUUUGGCAGCCGAUCAGGGGGAGUUUUCGUCAAUCAAAACUGAUGCCGAGGCUCUUUUUAUGUUCAAGAAUACAAUAGAGGAGGACCCGAAUGGAGUCCUAUCAGGGUGGCAGCUCAAUACGAAUCCAUGCACUUGGCAUGGAAUUACAUGCACUCUUGGACGAGUGACUCAACUCGAUCUUAGCCAGUGUAAUCUCGUUGGCAACAUCUCUCUCUCUCCUUUUGCUUCUCUAGAUAUGUUAACUGUCCUGAAUCUGUCUGCUAAUUUGUUUACUGUAAAUUCGACAUCCUUGCUGCAACUCCCAUAUGGAUUGAAGCAACUUGAGCUAUCAUCCACUGGACUUGCAGGUCUGGUUCCGGAGAAUUUCUUCACAAAGUGUCCCAAUCUUGUUUAUGUGAAUCUUUCGCAUAACAAUCUAACCAGUUUCCUCCCUGAUAAUCUUUUGUUGAGUUCUGACAAACUGCAGGUUCUUGACCUCUCUUCUAAUAAUAUUACUGGAUCGAUUUCGAAUAUGAAGAUUGAGAGCUGCAAUUCCUUGUCGCACCUUGACCUGUCCGAAAACCAUAUAAUCGAUUCCAUUCCCGUCUCCCUUUCCAACUGCACGAAUAUGAAAGCUUUGAAUUUGUCAUACAAUUUACUCACGAGGGACAUCCCAAAAUCUUUUGGCGAACUCAACAGUAUACAAAGAUUAGAUCUCAGUCACAAUUAUCUCACUGGUUGGAUUCCCUCAGAGUUGGGUUCUGCGUGUGAUUCGCUUUUAGAACUCAAGCUGUCUAAUAACAACUUUACAGGUUCAAUUCCCACCUCUUUUUCAUCAUGUUCUUGGCUACAAGUUCUCGAUUUGGCCAAUAACAAUAUGACUGGUCCCUUUCCUGAAUCUAUCCUUCAGAACCUAGGAUUGUUAGAGAGCUUGCUAUUGAACAAUAACAAGAUCUCUGGAACAUUUCCUGCUUCUAUUUCAUCUUGCAAGAAAUUGCGGAUAGUGGAUUUCAGCUCCAAUCAGCUUUCGGGGACCAUCCCACCAGAUAUAUGUCCAGGAGCCGCUUCACUUGAAGAGCUAAGAGUCCCCGACAAUUCUGUUGUCGGACAAAUCCCAGCUGAAUUAUCCCUAUGUUCACAGCUCAAGACGAUUGAUUUUAGCAUAAACUACCUCAAUGGCACAAUUCCAGCUGAAAUUGGGAAGCUUGAGAAACUGGAAAGGCUAAUGGCCUGGUACAAUGGCUUGGAAGGGGAAAUACCAGCAGAGUUGGGGAAAUGCGGGAAUCUGAAGGAUCUCAUUCUCAACAAUAACCACUUAACCGGUGAAAUCCCAAUCGAAUUACUCAACUGCAGUAAUCUUGAAUGGAUAUCACUGACAAGCAAUGGACUCACUGGCAAAAUCCCACGGGAAAUUGGUCUUUUGACAAGGCUAGCAGUCCUGCAACUAGCAAAUAAUAGUUUGAGUGGUGAGUUGCCAAGAGAGCUAGCAAAUUGCAGCAGCUUGGUUUGGCUAGACUUGAAUAGCAAUCGGCUUACUGGGGAGAUCCCAUCUCGACUCGGCAGGCAGCUUGGAGCAAAAGCCUUGAGUGGAAUUCUUUCAGGCAACACUUUGGUGUUUGUGCGGAAUGUGGGAAAUUCAUGUAAAGGAGUCGGAGGCUUGCUAGAAUUUGCUGGAAUAAGAUCUGAAAGGCUGUCACACAUCCCAUCACUAAGAAGUUGCGAUUUCACAAGAAUGUAUUCUGGUGCAGUUCUAAUUCUGUUCACACAAUACCAGACUCUGGAGUAUCUUGAUCUUUCUUACAAUGAGUUUCGUGGGAGAAUCCCAGAUGAAUUUGGGGAAAUGAUGGCUUUACAAGUUCUAGUAAUAGCCCAUAAUCAUCUAUCUGGAGAGAUUCCCUCGUCACUUGGCCAGCUCAAGAAUUUAGGCGUAUUUGACGCAUCACACAACAGAUUGCAGGGACACAUUCCAGAUUCAUUCUCCAACCUAUCAUUCUUGGUACAAAUCGAUCUCUCCAAUAAUGAAUUAACCGGUGAAAUUCCAGCAAGGGGGCAACUUAGUACACUUCCUGCAAGUCAGUACGCAAACAAUCCAGGACUCUGUGGGGUUCCAUUGUCUGAAUGCCAAAAUAACUAUAACCGACCAGAAACAAAUCCAAGCGGGGAUGAAAGAAAAGGAAGCCACAGGACAACAGCUGCAUCCUGGGCUAACAGCAUUGUCAUGGGGGUUCUCAUUUCCGUUGCUUCGGUAUGCAUUUUGAUUGUGUGGGCAAUCGCGAUGCGUACAAGACGGAAGGAGGCAGAGAAAGUCAAGAUGCUACAUAGAUUGCAAGCAUCCCAUGCCGCCACAACAUGGAAGAUUGAUAAGGAGAAAGAGCCGUUGAGCAUUAAUGUGGCGACUUUUCAAAGGCACCUGAAGAAGCUCAAGUUCUCACAACUAAUUGAGGCUACCAAUGGGUUUGCAGCAGCAAGCCUGAUUGGGAGUGGUGGUUUUGGAGAAGUGUUCAAGGCAACAUUGAAAGAUGGGUCAAGUGUAGCAAUCAAGAAGCUGAUACGACUGAGCUGUCAAGGUGACCGAGAGUUCAUGGCCGAAAUGGAAACUCUAGGAAAGAUUAAGCAUAAGAAUCUUGUGCCUCUACUGGGUUAUUGCAAGAUUGGCGAGGAGAGGCUUCUCGUGUACGAAUUCAUGGAGUUUGGAAGCCUUGACGAAAUGCUUCAUGGGAGAACAAGGACACAAGAUAGACGAAUUCUGACAUGGGAGGAAAGGAAGAAAAUUGCGAGAGGUGCAGCCAAAGGCCUCUGUUUCCUACACCACAAUUGCAUCCCACACAUCAUCCACCGCGACAUGAAGUCAAGCAAUGUAUUACUAGACCAAGAUAUGGAAGCAAGGGUCUCUGACUUCGGAAUGGCAAGGCUCAUAAGUGCACUCGACACACAUCUAAGUGUAAGCACACUUGCAGGCACACCAGGAUACGUCCCACCCGAGUACUACCAAAGCUUUCGAUGCACCGCAAAGGGAGAUGUUUAUUCUUUCGGAGUGGUCCUCUUAGAACUCUUGACGGGGAAACGGCCAACUGAUAAGGAGGAUUUCGGGGACACCAACUUGGUGGGGUGGGUGAAAAUGAAAGUGAGAGAAGGAAAAGGGAUGGAAGUAAUAGACCCAGAGUUGAUUUCAGCUACUAAGGUGACCGAUGAGGCGGAAGCCGAAGAAGUCAAAGAGAUGGUGAGAUAUCUAGAGAUCACACUGCAAUGCGUUGAAGACUUCCCAUCAAAGAGGCCUAAUAUGUUGCAGGUAGUGGCCAUGUUGAGGGAGCUUGUGGCAGCAGGUAGCAGUGGAAGUGCUUGAACCAGGUUAUUUAUUGAUUGAUCGUGAUAGUGUAAGAAGAUAAUGUUUGUAAGUUUGGUUCUUAGUUAAGCAGUUAAGGUUUCCUUGUA